CUCUACAAAAUUGAAGUUUAUUGAGAGCUCUAAUUCAAAUAAAUACACACUCGAAGAAAAGAUGUUCUUUCACCGGAUGAGUAUUAAAGAGCUGGUGGAUUCCAAGUGGAGUGAGGAUCUGAAGGAAUAUGUUGUUACCGUGAGAGGGGAGAUAUUUGAGAUCGAUAACCAAUUUGGGUGGUACUAUGUAGCCUGCAAAUCAUGUGGGAAAAAAGUCGAAGCAGAGGACGGAGAUUACAAGUGCUGUAACAAAAUUAUUGAUUAUCCUCUUGUGAUGUUCAAAGUACACGUACACAUUAAAGAUCACACUGGAACUACAACUCUCACUUUAUUCAACAACAUAGUCGAGCGCUUACUCGACACUUCCGCCAAAAAAUUGGUUAAUAAAUUGACUUCCGGCGAUAGUGAUCUUCCCAAAGAGCUAAAUACACUUAUAGGCAAGGAAUUCAUAUACAGGUUGAGAUUGAAUCAUUAUAACUUCAAACAAGGAUAUGCAAACUACACCGUGUCUGAGAUAUAUGAGCCAAGGAAGUGUUUGGAACAUGAAUAUGAGUCAAAGAAGGCCCUUGAGAUUCGUGCCAAUGUCAAAGACAAACUCACAUGCAAUGAUGGAAUGGAACCUCCUCGCGAAUGUGGGAAAAGGAAAGCAAGCAUGAUAGAUGACGCAGAGGAAAGUGGCGGCAACAAGGUGGAAGGUGAAGUGAAACCUACUGUCGAGGUUAGGAAAAGGAGGAAGAUGGUGGUGCUGGAUGAUGAUGAUGAUGAUGAUGAUGCUGCUAAUGAUAAUGGAGACGCAAAUUAGAAAUCAAACAUUGUUCUAUACAAGCCUAUUUUUAAAUUUAAUUCUAUACAAGCCUAUUUUUAAAUUUAAGAUUUAGAUACGAUAACAUUACUUAGUCUCAAUCAUACAAUUUGAGGUAACUGCUAUUUGGUUUCAGUAGUGGAUAGUUUAUUUUACAUUAUAUUAAAAUUUUCAUCUUUUACGUAUUUCUACAAUAUUUGCGCCACUAUUAUUACAACUU